AUGUGCCUGUGGAAUGAGUCUAUUAAAUUCAAAGCUGGAUGCUGCAAGAGCGGAAGGGGCUGGGGCAAAUUUGAGAAUGUUUUGGGAAGUGACAGUGAUGGAGCAUGCCUGAGUAAUCAAAUCUCCCCCCAAAGCUUGAGCGAGGAUGCAAAACAGGAAAAAGGGACUGGACUUGUUUGCUCAGAAGAAGAAGAAGAAGAAGAAGAAGAAGAAGAAGAAGAAGAAGAAGAAGAAGAAGAAAAUAAAACGAGAGAGAGAAUCUUCCUUGCUAGAAACUGGCACUUUACGACCAAAACAACCUUGAAUAUCCACCCACACGACGAGCCCCACCACCACCACCACCACCACCACCACCAGCCCCCCCAACCAGGCAGCGGGAGCUACCGACAGACGCACAACGCAUCUUCAACAAAUCCCGACAAACAGCCGCUGCCCCAUAUUGAUCGCCGUUUCAGAUCGCUGUUUCGACGAGUCUUCUGA